AUGAUGCUACUCAAGGGCACACGAAUAGCCAUCCUGGCCGUCAUCGGGCUGCUUUCGAGCACUCUCUCUUUGGGAGCCCCGUUGCCUCAAAUCGAAGAUCCAAGCGGCCUGGCCUCUGGCAUUGGAGAGGAUCCCCGGGGGCACUACUCGGCCAUUUUCAAAGUCCUUACUCCCGCCCAAGUCAGCGGCGACUUUCUCAUGCGCAUCGCACGAUCGGCUUACAUGGAGAUGCGGAAGGUUCACGAUAGAUGGACCGAAGAUGGUGCCGAGGCCCGCGGACUCGAAAUUCCGCAAGUCAUGGCCAUUAUGGACAUGGGCGACAACGUCAUAUAUGCAGCCUCGUCCGUCAAGUUCCCCAGAGAAAGAAGCGGCGCGAGCAUACAAGCGUACAGAGCUCUCCAAGGAGGGCUUUGCGGGGAGGUCAACCUCUUAUGCUUGGACGCCGACAUGCAAAAGUCCCAAGGCGCAACAACAUACUACCAGCCCGGAGAGAACACCAGAAUGGUGGCCUGGAAUGGCAACGAAAACGAGGCCAUCAAAUUCUACGCCAGCAGGGGCCCCAAGGAGUUCGGCUGCGAAAACAUCAAUGAGCACUACAGCAGGGAGCUUACCCGAGCCCAAAAACGCAUUUAGGCUAAUAAAAGGCCGGCCUUCCACCACCGACACCCACGGCCUCAUUGUCGAACAGCAAUGGAAUGUUCGACACCAAAUCUAUGAUCCAGGCCUCGAUCAUCAUAGUGACAAAGACAACGGUGGUAGCGGCGGCAGCGGUGGUAGCGACGGCAGC